UCCCCAUUAGGACUGAUAUCUAAAAGCGCCUACCCAAAAUAAACCCCUAGAAAUCCAUUGGUCGACGGGCCACAGCAUUCAGCCUUUCUCGUCUCCUUUCCUUUCAAAUCCCCCCUCCAGUUCCCAUGGCCGAAGCUCCGUCAUCAGAGGCUUUCUCCGCAUCCUCCUCCGCCUCCGAAGUUCCUGCUCCGCCGUCUUCGCAGCCCGUUAUCGAUGGGUUGAGCUUGGAGGAGAAGUUUCAGUUGGUGAGGAGCGUGGGAGAGGAGUGCAUCCAAGAGGAGGAACUGAGGAAUCUCUUGGAGAAGAAGCCUAAUCCUAUUUGUUAUGAUGGGUUCGAGCCCUCGGGCAGGAUGCACAUUGCUCAGGGUGUUAUGAAGGCUAUAAAUGUCAACAAAUUAACGUCAGCUGGGUGCACUGUUAAAAUCUGGAUAGCUGAUUGGUUUGCCCAGCUAAACAAUAAGAUGGGAGGUGAUUUGAAGAAAAUUCAGACUGUUGGCCGUUAUCUGAUUGAGAUAUGGAAAGCCGUGGGAAUGAAACUGGAUAAGGUUGAAUUUUUAUGGUCCUCAGAGGAAAUUAAUGGUCGGGCACAUGAGUACUGGCCGCUUGUGAUGGAUAUUGCUCGAAGAAACACACUUCCUAGAAUAAUAAGGUGUAGCCAGAUCAUGGGCCGUAAUGAGACAGAUGAGCUAACUGCUGCCCAAAUUUUCUAUCCAUGCAUGCAAUGUGCUGACAUUUUCUUCUUGAAGGCUGACAUCUGCCAAUUAGGCAUGGAUCAGCGAAAAGUCAACGUCCUUGCAAGGGAAUAUUGUACCGAUAUUAAAAGGAAAAACAAACCAAUCAUUCUUUCACACCAUAUGCUUCCUGGGUUACAACAGGGACAGGAGAAAAUGUCAAAAAGUGAUCCAUCUUCUUCUAUCUUCAUGGAGGAUGAAGAGGGUGAUGUGAAUUCGAAAAUAAAGAAAGCUUACUGCCCGCCUAAUAUUGUUGAGGGAAACCCUUGUCUAGAAUAUAUCAAAUAUAUCAUCUUUCCAUGGUUUGGAAGCUUUGAGGUAGUACGAAAAGCAGAAAAUGGGGGUAACAAAAAAUUUACCAGUAUGGAGGAGCUAGUUGUAGACUAUGAGAGUGGUGCAUUGCAUCCAGCUGAUGUAAAGCCUGCUCUCUCCAAAGCACUAAAUCAGAUACUACAGCCUGUUCGUGAUCACUUCAAAAACGACCCCACUGCAAAAGAAUUGUUGAAAACUGUGAAGGGAUACAGAGUUACCAGGUGAGGGGUUUCUUUCGCUAGACAUCAAAUUCAGUCAGGAGACUUGAUAGAACCAAUUUUCAGUUAAAUUCCAAUUUUAUGAGUAUUUACAGUUUAUAUUCUGGAUGCUUUACGGAUAAUUUUGAUCAUACUGUUCUGGACAAAUUAAUAUCAGGAUAUACAAGAGAUUUUAUAAUUCCCUGAAUAUGUGUUUUGGAGUAAAAGUUAAUGUUCUUAUAAUUUGUGUUAUUUGAUUAAUUAAUGAGAUCA